UUGUAUCAUAGAGAGGAAAGUAUGAGAUCAAAUCUACAUUAAUGAAACAAAUGAACAGAAACGGUUUGACUAAAUCCUGCUGCUGACUCGUUCACGUGCAUUCAGGUAAAGGGACGUGACGUGAAGUAUCGUUACAUUACAUUGAAAAGAGUAACGACGUUUGUGACAUGCGCACAUGCGACCGACGGCGGCAGCAGCAGCACGGACCCUCAGUCAGACACCGACACACCGUGAGCACUGACACCGAGGGACGGACCAACAGCCGCGGGGAUGUGAGUGAGGCGGACCCGCGGGCUCAGCUUGUGCAGUCUGAGAAUGCAAUUGAACGCACCACCGGGAUCAGAGAGAAGCAGGAUCAGGAAUAUUCCGCGUUAAAUCGUGAUUAUUGAUUUAAUUAUUUAUUUAUUUAUCUAUUUUUAUUAAUUUGCUGGACGGUGGAUUAAACAUCCCGGGGCCGGCAUGCCUCCACCACAGAGCCUCCAAUCCAGCGGACUGUCCCUGUCAGAAACAAGCAUGGGCUCCUUUAAGAGGAGAAAGAGGAAAUCCAUAAUAGUGACGGCGAUGCUGCUAAUCGUAUCUGUGCUCAUCCUCGUCUUUGGCAUAGCAGCGACGACCAGGACGCAGAACAUCACGGUGGGCGGCUACUACCCAGGAGUCAUUCUGGGCUUUGGCUCUUUUCUGGGAAUUAUCGGUGCUCAUUUGAUAGAGAACAAGAGGCAGAUGCUGGUGGCAUCAAUCGUCUUCAUCAGUUUCGGAGUGGUGGCCGCCUUCUGCUGCGCUAUUGUUGAUGGAGUGUUUGCUGCGAGGCACAUUUUUAACAUAUGCCCUCCUGACUGA